AUGCGGCUCACGACUGAACUGAUCAACACCUCUCUCUCCUACCUCAACCCACUGAAAGAGCGCGAGCUUGACCUACGAGGUCACAAGAUCCCCGCCAUCGAGAACCUGGGCGUCGUCGCCCGCGACCAUGAGUCCAUCGACUUCACCGACAACGACAUCCAAGUCCUCGGCAACUUCCCGCUAUGUCCACGAUUACAGACGCUGCUGCUCGCGCGCAAUCGCGUAGGCAGUCUGCAGCCGAGUCUAGGGAAGAGCUUGCCGAGUCUGCAUACGCUGGUGUUGACAGGGAACCAGUUCCAGGAGCUGGCGGAUCUGGACCCGUUGCAGGGUUUCACAAAGUUGGUGCAUCUGAGCUUGGUGGAGAAUGCGGUGACGAGUAAGGAGAACUACCGCUACUACGUCCUCUGGCGCUGCCCGACCAUCCGCUUCCUCGACUUCCAGAAGGUGAAAGACGCGGAGCGCGAGAAGGCCACCGAACUAUUCGGCACCCACGACGCACCCACAGAGCUUGCGCGCAGCAUCGUGGCCACGCGAUCAAGACAUGCUGGCGCUGGAUUCACUGCUACGCCUAACGUCAACGGGGUGCAGAAGCCGAAGGUCAAGAUCACAGACAAGGAGAAGAAGAGGUUCGAGGCUCUGGUCAGGAAAGCGAAGACGCUGAGCGAGGUGCAGAAGCUGGAGAAGGCGUUCGCGGAAGGGCGGCUACCAUCUGGCGUCGCGGAUGAGGACGUCAUGGACGAAACAUGA